AUGGCCGGCGCAAGGAACGAGAUCUCGCAAACGGAUCUCGACAACUUGGCUGAAUGGAUCCCGCGACUCGCCGGCGGUGCCGCCGCCGCCGCUGCCGGACAGCCAUCGUCAAUUGACGAGAUUGCGGCCGAGCUACAGUCGCUCGACGCCAAGCAGUUUCUGCUGCAGCAGCAGAUGACGGCGCAGUCCGCGACAGGCGGCGGCGGCGGUUCCGCUGGUGGUGAAGAGGCGGACUUAUACGCGGCGCUAGUGCAACAACAGCUUGCUGCUGAAAUGCCGCACGACGCGACCAACGCCGCAUCAUCCGCGGCCGCUUUUCACGGUCGAGACCUGGAGGAGUUUAGCGCGCUAUCGCGGAUGGCGGGUUUGCCAGACAGCACGUUGGGAGGGGGUCUGGAUGGAGCCAAUCUGAUUGAAACGAACGCUGCGCGUUCCGCGGCGACAGAACCGGCGGCGCUCUCUGGGGCAUUGGGAAUAGUUGCGAACCACUCGGCUGCUGCGCGUAACGACGCGCUGACGAUCCGGCCCACGGCUCCACCGCAAUUCACUGCGCAAUUCUCGCGCGCGGCGAGCCGACUCGCAGCUGGGAACGUCUUUGGAGCGCCGCCGCAGUGGCCUUCCGCCGCGGCCCCUCAGGCUUCCGCUGGAGUUCAGAUCGGCGCGAAUUGGCUUCAGAACGAGCUGCAGCAGCAGUCGCAGCGCACACGCACUAUGGAGCCUGCUACGCUGGGGCCAGCGGCUGCGCUGCCCGUCACUCCAGCGGACGAGCUCGAGGCGUUGUUUCAGCAGAUUCCGCCGGAGCUUGCGCCAGAGGAGCGCAUUGUGCUGGCUGCGGCGCUCAUGGCGGAGAUGCAGCGGAGCAACGUGGCGGCUGCAGGCGGUAACAACGGCCAUUCGCAGCAACCACAGCAGUCACAGCUGCACGUUUCUGGAGGAGCUGGUAGUAGCAUGCGUGCUGCCGAAUUUCCGACGCCCCUUUCGGUUCAUUCGGUGGAAAAUGCAGCUUUUCCUAACAAUCAGCCCCCUGCAUUUGCAGAUGAGCCCCAUCAGAGGCUCUCUGGCAGAGGACAGCAGCAGAAUGCCAGUGGGGCUGGUUUAGAUGCCCUGACUGCUCACAGUGGACCCCCCGCAUCGCUACGGAGUCUAGUGCGGAGAGGGCGGCGUCAGCGCGUGUGGGCGGCGGGGGAGGGGCUGGUGGGAGCAGGAGUCAAGGCAGGGCGGCUGGUAGCGGAGGAGGGGUGGGUGGUGCAAGCGGUGCGAACCCAGCUUUGA